AUGUUGGCCAGGCGCCUCUUGGGAUUUGCGUUGAAGGGCAACUUACCGAGUAUUUAUUCUGCAUGUCCUUUAUCUUCGAGGCCGGUUCUUAAUUUUCGAUCAACUUUACGAAUGCCGUUAUGGUUCAGCUCUACCUCUGCUAACAACGCAGAAAACAGUGAAACUCCGAAAUUCUCACUCAAAAAGCAAGAUGGACAACGGCUAAGUGGUAAGGAAGCUGCCAAGGAUGGGACUGAAGAUUUCGCAAUUCCAAAAGAAGCAUUCGAAACUUUGUUAACUGAGUACGAUGCUCUGGACAAAUACAAACGAUCCUUAGCAGAGACAGAAAAUGUUCGCAAUCGUGGGAUUAAGCAAACUGAAGAAGCAAAAAUAUUUGCAAUUCAAGGCUUUUGCAAGGACUUGUUGGAGGUUGCCGACAUCCUUGAUUUGGCUGUAGAAUCUGUUAAACCAGAGCAACUUGAGUCUGCCGAUAAAACUCUUCGUCGAUCUUCAUAA